AUGUAUGGCACGUCUCAUUCCUUAUCGACAAUGAAUGGAAUGGACAUUAUCGAUGGUUCGGGCACCAUCGAUCCCGCGAACCUGAGCAACUCCGUCGCUGGUGUCCUGCCAGCACCUUCCCACGCAAUAGCAAGCCCCCGUGGUGUCAAGCGUAGUCGCACUCCAGAGCGCAGCGGGAAUGGACACGCCGAAGGGGACCAGGAUGAUGAAGAGCAAAGUCGUCGCAAGCGUGGUCGUCCUCCCAAAACACCACGAGCUGGCUCCAAUGAUCAGCCAGUCGCAAACACCCCCAUCCAAACCCCUCAAAUGCAAGCGCGUCCGCUGCCUCAAUCCACUGCCGGGUCGCCGCCUCUUGCAUCGCCCGACAGCAAGACCACUCCGACAAAAUCGCUGGUCAAAGCGCUUCCAACCGUGCGGGAUCACACAUCCGAUCAGUUGAAUCCAGAGGGUGAUGAGUACAUACCUAAGGAGUUUGAUGAUGCAGGAGAGACUAAGGCAGAUCCAAUGGGUUAUCUACAAGGUAACCGUGAAUACAAAUGUCGGACGUUUCGCGUGCCUCUCCGCGGCACUAAACUCUUUAUGCUCGCGACUGAAUGCGCAAGGGUGUUGAAUUAUCGCGACUCAUAUCUUUUGUUCAACAAGAAUCGGUCGUUGCAUAAGAUCAUUGCCUCUCAGAUCGAGAAGGACGACCUCAUCCAGCAAGAUAUCUUGCCCUAUUCCUAUCGGUCCCGUCAAAUCGCCAUCGUUUCAGCCAGAUCCAUGUUCCGACAGUUUGGGAGUCGGGUGAUUGUGAACGGUCGCAGGGUUCGAGAUGACUAUUGGGAAAGCAAGGCAAUCAAGCAGGGAUUUACUGAAGAUGACAUGGCAGGGGAAAAGCGACCUGGCGCAGCGAAGGCUCGAGAUGGGUCGACUCAGGAGCCUGCUACGAAUAUGCUACCUGCACUUCCUCACAAUGAUGUCGUCUAUAGCAGCACCAUAGAGCCCUUGCCUGCUGGGCUUUCGCUGGAUACCGGUGACUCCAUCUCUAUGGCUCCGCUUCCAAUGAUCCACAUGGCAACCACAGAUGAUCCACGGCUGCGGGACUACAAUGCCAUACCCCGAGCACGCCAGGAGAUGACGGGACAGCCUUAUCACGACCGCACGCAAACUAGUUCUGCAGCCGACUUGAUCAACCAGGCGCAACACACGGCAGAUUUCAACAAGGGCCUGAGCAGCCAACGUAUCUUCCGUCAGAAGGGUCUGGAUGAAUUCUACUCUAAGCCUCGCGAGUCUCCAGUCUCGGAGGGUCAGUCUAGUACCGCACUUGAAUCAGGCCUGUCCGUGUCACAGCCUGUUCAAGUGUCUCAGAUUUCUCAACCAGGAAUGCCAAACCAAAUACACCCCCAGCAGCACAUGAUCCCUCAGCAGGUGCCCUUGCAGGCCAAUUCAAUGAUGGGCGGGCAGCCACACUAUCCCCAGCAGGCCCAUCCUCAGUCAGUCGGACAGUCUCCUCUCAGAAUGCAGCCGAACAUGCAGCCUGGUCUUGUGCAGCAGCAAUCCAACCCGAAUAUGCCUGGAGGCAUGCCUCAGGUACCUCAAUACGGCUACCCACCCCAGCAGCAGCAGAUUUGGGGACAGCCACCGCCGCAGCCACAGCCGUCUCCGCUGCCCUCGUCGGGUCACCAAGGCGCUGGGAUGCCUCAAUAUGGUCAGCAGAUGUCUGCAGCCCCACAGCAAAGCCCAUCACCAAUUGGCCACCACCCCCAACAGCAACAUCCUCACCAGUCUCCUCGUAAUCAACAGCGUCAGUCAAUACCGCAAAUGCAACGGCAUUUCGGUCAGAUGCAGCCGCAAUCUCAUGUCGCACAGCAAGGCAUGCAAGGUAUGGGAUAUCCGGGAGGAACGCCAGCUGGGUACCCCGGCAUGGCCCGAGCCAUGUAUCCACCCAACCAAGCUCCUGGCGGCCAGCAGUUCAUGGGUGGUAACCCGCAACAAGCGGGUCUUGCAAUGAACAUGGGAGGCAACGGUAUGCCUGGGUGGUCCGGUGGCCCUGGCGGGCAGAUGCAACCGAACCAACCUCAGCCAGGUCAAUCAGGCAGCCCAUUAGGUGGAUGGAAUUACUAG